CAGCCGUCGCGGCAUCCUGCUGAUGAGGAAAUACCCUGCGCGAGAGUCCACUUUCAGUUUACACUUCCACAUAUUAUCGCGUUCCAAAGGAUUCGACAGUUUUCGCGGGAAUCGCAGUAUGAUUCUUCAUAACGUUCUCUAAAUGAUUCGCUGAGGUUUGAAUUAAGCCUGGAACUGCUACCUUGUUAAAAAACGACAGAAGGGCAGUGAAAGUCAGCCCUAAUGGAAGAGAUAGAGACAGAUCUGAUCUGCUCUGAGCAGGAUGCUUUAGGGGCGGAAUUCAUCACUGUGGAACUUGACACUCAGCCCAUCGAAUAUGUGGUCAAGUGGGCCGAGGUGGGCUCUAAGUUCACUAUAUCCUGCGUGAAAAAGGAAUUGGAUGAGGGUGCUUGCUUCACUUCUGAUCAGGUGGUAAAAGUGGAUCCGGACGAGACGUUUUUUGUCCCGUAUGAAUCUGUGUACCCAGAAUGUGACGAGGUGGAUCCAGAUUUGAUUGCGACGCAUGAGGAGCAGGUGGGGAGUGAGUCAGACUUGGAUGACACCACCGAGCCGGGGAGUAGCCAGCUGUGCAAAGAUGUUUCUGAUAUUUCCUGGGAGAAGGAGGUGUAUCGGUCCAGAACCUAUAGCUGCCACUUUUGUGGCAAGACCUACAGCCAGUCCUCCAGUCUUGCCCGCCAUCUGCAUGUACACACAGAAAGAUCAUCACAUUUUUCUGCGAAAGACUUCAAGUCUGGCGACAACAAAAAGUCUCUCCAAUGCAAUCUGUGCGGAGUGAGGUGCAAUGGCAAGCGGAUUUUGGCAAUACACAAGAAAUGCCAUAAAACCAAGAGACUGCACACAUGCAACACGUGCGGCAAAACCUUCAAUCACAGCUCUAGUCUGUCACGGCAUAGGUUGAUCCAUAAAAAAGGCCUGGAUAAAAAUGUUAGGCCAUUGUACCCAGCUCCAAACUCGGCUCCCAUCAUGACCCAGCGUGGUUUCCCAUCCAGCUGGGCGACAAAUGAAAGUGUGACGCUCUCAGGUGAGAGAGAAAAGCAGUACCAGUGCGCACAGUGCGACAGGGUCUUCAGCAACUCCACCAGCCUGUCCAAACACCAGGUGGCACAUGUGCGACAGCUGCUCAACUCAUACACGCAGGGCAAAGAUGUUCUGAACAAGUCUUCGGACCUAAAGAUCCGCUUGAAGCUGUGCUCCCGUGACAAGCCCAACUUCUACACCCUAUGCAAGAAGAGUAAAGGCAAGAAAAGGCGCAAGAAGAGGUGCUUGCCCAACGAGGAGCAGCCAUACCCCUGCUGCAUGUGUGAAAAGCGCUUCAGCCACUCCAACAGCCUAGCUCGGCAUGAGUACACGCACGCCAGCGAGAAGCACUACGCCUGUAACGUCUGCAAGAAGACCUUUAUUCGGCUGUCCAACCUGAAGCAGCACCAGCAAACGCAUGCUUCGGGGAAACUCUACGAAUGCCCACAGUGCGGCAAAACUUUCGUUCACUCCUCCAGUUUCUCGCGCCAUAAGAAGGUUCAUGCUGGGAUAAAGCUGUCCCCGAAAGAGUUCGAAGAGGAACUGGUCAUUGACGAGACGACACCCCUGGAUUUUGAGUUUGACUGAGUGAGACCUGAGAUUCUUGACCUGUUCUGGUCGACACCGAUGUUCUGAAACUGUCCAGGGCCUGCGGAUGGGAAGACGUUCUGUUUUUUUCUUUACCCUUAUUCUUAUUUUGCUAAAGACUUUGAAUUAUAAAUUUGGGUGUGGUGUCCCUGGCUGUGUGUUCUUCAAUCUAAUAUUCUUGGUAUUGUCCCUUUUUGGGUAGAGGGUGUAUUGGCCGCCUUUAUUAAUAUUUUUUGACAUUUCCUUUUGUUUUGUUUCCAUUCAAUUCACUGGCAGGGUAAUCUUUUGUCAGACAAAUUGUGUUAUUUAUGUCUCUUAACUUUUAGGUAUCCACGAGAAAAGCGGACAGAAAAUAGAGAAAAGAGAUGGCCUCGGCAAUGCAGGUGUUAUUUAUUUUUCGUGCUUGCACUAACACAAAAUAAAGUACUUAUUUGGGAGGGAUAGUCUAGGACAAAGCUUCGAUUGAAUUAGUUGGAAAUCAGAGUUUUGUAAGCAACAAGUAAAUGUUAUAUGCAAAUAAUUUGAUGCACUUUGCAUUAAGUGUGCAGUUUGAAUCCUUUAUUUUACUCAUAAAGAGAAUAUUUCAUGACUACAUUUCUUGGACCGACAAAUGCAGGGCUUUUCUCACCUAAAGUCUCUGUUCACACAUGAACAGAUUUUGCUGGUUUUUAUGAUGUGUGUGUGUGUGUGUGUGUGUGUGUGUGUGUAUAUAUAUAUAUAUAUAUAUAUAUAUAUAUAUAUAUAUAUAUAUAUAUAUAUAUAUAUAUAUAUAUAUAUAUAUAUAUAUAGUUCAAGUUAAAACGAAUGGAGAACCAACACUCCAUACUGAAGUAUGUUGGGGUGAUUCGGUUGUUCUUGGUUUGUCUCUCAAAAUAUGAUGGAUCUUAUGGUUAUUCAACUUGUUUGCGCAAAAACAUUGUUUGUUUCCUCUUUGUUGUUUGAUCUGGUAAUUUUUCAAAAUAUGAAAUCCAGUGUGUCUAUAGAGGUUAUUUAUAAUAAUACAUUUGAUGCUUAUUGGACAUCAAUGUGAACAAAUGCAUUUAAAAUAUUGUUCAUAUACAUUUGUGUGUGUGUGUGUGUGUGUGUGUGCACUUGACAAAUAUGAGAAUAUACUCGCAAAAAUGCGUGCUUUUUAUUUCUGCUUUGUAUAUGUGUAAAAACAGUUGCACUUGCGAAAAGAAGGUCUAUCUGAACUGCUUAAAUGAUUUAUUUUUCUGUAUCUUCAUAAGUUAUGGAAUAGCCAAGGGAUUUCAUAUUUUAACAAGCAUUGCACUAUUGUAUUUAUAGACAAAAAAGCACUGUUUAGGAAAUUGGAACAUGUUAAAGGCAUGGUUCUUACAACUUUGAAUCUCCUUGUCGAAACCUCAGAUGAACGAGGCAUGGAAAUUUCUUGCACACAUUUUGAGAAAUUGAUCAAGUGCCCUCAGCUAUGUUGUGUAUAGCCAAAGCUCUUCAAAGCACACAUGCACCACAUAAUCUGCAGUUCAGUUAAUCUAAAAGUGUUUAAUCAGUCUCCUGUUCGAAGUUCGUAUAAGCCGGGAUGUUUCCUUAACGUUUACUGUUUGAAUUGAAAUUGAAAAGCAAUUACUUAGUGAGGCUUUCGGGAGUGUUGAUUUGCACGUAGGAAGCACAGAUUUCACUGUUGCACCCAGAAUGUUUGCUAUAAAAAUAAAAAAUAAAACACUCUCGGUACUUUA